AUGUCCUACGACCGACGCACGGGCAAGCCCGUGGCCAUCAACAUUCGGAAGAUCACCAGCGACGACUUCAUGACGAAGCUCAUUCGCACGGAGCGCGUCUCGGGGGUGAUCGCCACCGAGCCGGCGACCAGUCGCGGCGAGGGCCGCGUCGCCUUCGAGAACGGCGGCGAGUUCUUCUUCCUCCCCUUCACCCAGGAGGACAUCCUGGAGAAUGUGACGCUGAAGGCGAAGGACAAGGUGAGCUUCAUCAUCGUCACCGACGACAGCGGCAACUACCGCGCCAAGGACAUCAACCUGGAGCUGGCGGGAGCAGGCGGUGGCGGAAGCGGCGGCACCGGCAGCGUGGGCAGCGGCGGCGACGGCGGCCGCCCCAACUCCGCCUCAGGCAUCCGCUGCCAGGGCACCAUCAGCUCGAUCAAGGACACCUUUGGCUUCAUCGAGCGGGCGGACACCUCGGCCAAUAUCUUCUUCCACUCCUCGGACUGCGCCAACUUCAAGGCGCUGAACGUCGGCGAGAACGUCGAGUUUGUGGUCACCUCGCGCAAGAGCAAGGAGCUGGCGAGCAGCGUCACCAAGGUGGCCUUCAACUCGGUGGAGGAGGUCUCCGAGACGGUCUACAAGGGGCAGAUUGUCAAGUACACGCCGCGCCCCUUCAACAUCAGCGCCUCCGCCAGCCUGGGCGCCAACUCGGGGAAGAUCAACUGCAUCGAGCUGAACAAGGAGCUGCCCUUUACCGACAAGGACGUGAAGGGCUUCUUCACGCUGGCCAACUACGACCUGGUGUCCUUUCAGAUCUGCACCGACCGGCGCAAUGGCGCCCAGCGCGCCUGCAACAUCACCUUCAUGCCGGAGUCCUUUACGCUCAACUCCGAGGUGCGAGAGCGCGGCUACGUCGCCAGCUUGAAGGAAACCUACGGCUUCAUCAAGUGCCCCAGCAAGGAGGGCUCCCUUAUUUACUUCAAGCUGACGGAGGUGAUUGACUACGCCAAUCCGCUGAAGCUGAACGACGAGGUGGAGUUCACCUACAACACCGACCCGCAGACGCGCAACCAACAGCAACAACAAUAA